GAAGGCGCGGCACAGAGGGGCGGCGGGCCGGAGUCAGCCAGCCUGGGGCGUGGGCUGACGCGACACUAGACCUCUGCGAUCCUAGAGGCCCCCCGCCGCCCCGACUCCAUCCCCCACGCUGUCGCCUGUUCCCGGCCCUCUCAGUUCCGCGCUGCCCCUUAAAAGCUGGGGACUGGGCACAGGAACGACAGGCGUUGCAGCCAAUGGCGUCCCGCACGGUAAAGCUGCUACCCAAUCAAAAGGCGCGGCUGCGAGGGAACGGCGUGGAACCACGCCCGGCUCCAGCCCUCCUCCAUGUCCGUGGACCUGCAGGGAGACAGCUCCUUACAGGUGGAGAUCUCUGAUGCCGUCAGCGAGCGGGACAAGGUGAAAUUCACUGUUCAAACCAAGAGCUGCGUCCCUCACUUCGCCCAGACCGAGUUCUCAGUCGUGCGACAUCAUGAGGAGUUCAUCUGGCUACACAAUGCCUACGUGGAAAACGAGGAGUACGCCGGUCUCAUUCGAGAGGACUUCCAGCUCUGUCCCUCCUUGGAGCAGAUCCCCCCAGCCCCUCCAAGGCCAGACUUUGAGGCUUCGAGGGAAAAACUGCAGAAGUUGGGUGAGGGAGACAGCUCUAUCACGCGGGAAGAGUUUGCCAAAAUGAAGGAGGAGCUGGAAGCGGAGUAUCUGGCCAUCUUUAAGAAGACAGUUGCGAUGCACGAAGUCUUUCUGCAGCGCCUGGCGGCCCACCCCACCCUGCGUCGAGACCACAACUUCUUUGUCUUUUUGGAAUAUGGCCAGGAUCUGAGUGUCCGAGGAAAGAACAGGAAGGAGCUCCUUGGGGGGUUUCUGAGGAAUAUUGUGAAGUCUGCAGAUGAAGCCCUCAUCACUGGCAUGUCAGGGCUCAAGGAGGUGGAUGACUUCUUCGAGCAUGAGAGGACCUUCCUGCUGGAGUACCACACCCGCAUCCGGGACGCCUGCCUUCGGGCAGACCGAGUCAUGCACUCUCACAAGUGCCUGGCAGAUGAUUAUAUCCCUAUCUCAGCUGCACUGAGCAGUCUGGGAACACAGGAAGUCAACCAGCUAAAGACGAGCUUCCUCAAAUUGGCAGAGCUCUUUGAACGAUUAAGGAAACUGGAGGGCCGAGUGGCUUCUGAUGAGGACCUGAAGCUGUCGGACAUGCUGAGGUACUACGUGUGCGACUCACAGGCAGCCAAGGUGAGAGGUGGCCCCAGAGCAGACCUCAGGGCUGGAGCCACCAGGGAGGGCGGGCAGGCAGGCAAGGGCCGUGGGCCAGGGAUCCUGUGCCCCUGCCGGCCCCAGGACCUGCUGUACCGGCGGCUGCGGGCGCUGGCAGACUAUGAGAACGCCAACAAGGCACUGGACAAGGCGCGCACCAGGAACCGGGAGGUGCGGACCGCCGAGAGCCACCAGCAGCUGUGCUGCCAGCGCUUCGAACGCCUCUCCGACUCAGCCAAGCAGGGUAAGCCCCACGGCCCUGGUGCCCCUGCCACUGCACUGCUGACCCUGCCGGGGUCCCCAUUCCUCUCUUCUCCAGAGCUCAUGGACUUCAGAUCCCGCCGCGUCUCCUCUUUCCGCAAGAACCUCAUGGAGCUGGCGGAGCUGGAGCUCAAACACGCUAAGGCCAGCACCCUGCUUCUCCGGAACACCCUUGUCAUCCUCAAGGGAGAACCUUAGAGCCACCAGAGUCCCCCCAGACCUCCCACCCCAGCAAGAUGCCUCCUUCCCCACCCCAGGAGCCACUCACCAUGCCCCGUGA